GAACGAUCCGUUCUCGGACGGUGAGCAAAGCGAUGAUGACCGUAGUGCUGCCAAUACAAUGUUGUUAGUGGGGCUCCUGCUCGUCGCCGGAAAAACAUGCGAAAAGAGGCACCGACCUUGGCGCCAAUGGAUGAUGCUAUGCGCGCAGAAGUGUAUAAAAUAUUGAAAAAAGCUGUGAGUCAAGCUAUGGAUGAUAUAGUCAAAGAGCUUGGUCUUCCAAAAAGCGCUGAACACGUUUCUGUUCAUUCUGCUUUGACCAGGAUGAUGGAUGUGCUGCAGAAACGUAUCUAUCGAACACCUAUACCGUCAGAUGUCAAAGCCAAAAUGUUCAAUCGAGAGAAAAUGGAAGCAUCCAAUGCGAAAAUUGAAGCCACAAUAAAAUCAAUGUUGAGCCAGUUGAUUACUGUGGAACGCGGUGCUCGAGAAGAUGAAAUAAAAUUAGAAGAGGAGAAAAAGCAGUUUGAGCGGUUACAAGAACUGGAACGCACAGAGCAGGAGAGGACGAACAAGAAGCGAGAGGAGCUCAUGGGUAUCGAUAAACUGUUGGCUCAAGGUCCGCCUGAGGAUGACUACGUCUUGAGUUUAUUGCAUUAUCCAAGCUCAAAGUUCUCUUAGAGAACAAUCAUCUUCAGAAACCUCUCCUCAUAACUAGCACCAUGUAUCUACAAUCUCGUCAUCACGCAUUAUAUAUAUCCCCUCCUCCUUCUAUUACUACGUCUUCCCUCAUCCGUCAUCUUCAUUCUCCUCCUUUGCAUUUCAAGUAGUAACAUCUUAAUUCAAAUCAUAUUAUAUCUCAACUGCAAGCAUCGUUACAAAUUAAUAUGCUUUCGAGAAGAGGCAUAUGCUUCGAACACGCACCUCCCCAAAACGCAGCAACGACAAUGUAUGUGCGACAGAGGCAUAUGUCAACCACUUAAAACAGUCAUCUUGGCAUUUUAAAAGGCAUUCUUUGUC